AUGGAGCCCUGGUUCUCACGCUUCAAGGCCGAGGGCACGGUGGAUUACUCCCAGCUCACCUUUGACCCCGGACAGAACGAGCUGAUUGUCGGAGCACGAAAUCACCUGUUCAGACUGAACCUGGAGGACCUGACACUGAUCCAGGAGGCGGAGUGGCACUGCGAUGAGUUCACCAAGGGAGCCUGCUUCAGCCGCGGCAAAUCAGAGGAGGAGUGCCAGAACUACAUCAGGGUGCUGCUGGUGAACGGGAACCGGCUGUUUACCUGUGGGACCAAUGCCUUUACCCCCAUCUGCACCAACCGCACGCUGACGAAUCUGACAGAGAUCCAUGACCAGAUCAGCGGCAUGGCACGCUGUCCGUACAACCCCCUGCAUAACUCUACGGCCCUCAUCACCUCCAGCGGGGAGCUCUACGCGGCCACGGCCAUGGACUUCAGCGGACGAGACCCGGCCAUCUACCGCAGUCUGGGAGGUCUGCCGCCACUGCGCACUGCCCAGUACAACUCCAAGUGGCUCAAUGAACCUAACUUCGUCUCCUCCUACGAUAUCGCCAACUUCACCUUCUUCUUUUUCCGGGAGAACGCGGUGGAGCACGACUGCGGCCGUACGGUGUUCUCUCGUGUGGGCCGCGUGUGUAAGAACGAUAUCGGAGGAAGGUUUCUGCUGGAAGACACGUGGACCACAUUCAUGAAAGCCAGACUCAACUGUUCCAGGCCCGGAGAAAUCCCCUUCAACUACAACGAGCUGCAGGGGACCUUCUACCUGCCCGAGUUGGAGCUGCUCUACGGCAUCUUCACCACCAACGUGAACAGCAUCGCGGCGUCUGCAGUGUGUGCCUUCAAUCUCAGUGCCAUUUCACACGCCUUUAAUGGACCCUUCAAGUACCAGGAGAACUCCCGCUCGGCCUGGCUGCCCUACCCCAACCCCAACCCGGACUUCCAGUGCGGCACCAUUGACUCCGGCACCUACGUGAAUCUGACCGAGAGGAACCUGCAGGACGCUCAGAAGUUCUUACUAAUGCAUGAGGUGGUCCAGCCCGUGGUUCCGGUGCCCUACUUUAUGGAGGACAACGUGCGUUUCACUCACGUAGCUGUGGACGUGGUGCAAGGCAAAGAUACGCUGUUUCACAUCAUCUACUUGGCCACAGAUUAUGGGACAAUCCGGAAAGUGCUCUCGCCUCUCAAUCAGUCGACGGGCAGUUGCCUGUUGGAGGAGAUUGAAUUGUUCCCGCCCCGGAAGAGGCAGGUCAUCCGGAGUUUGCUCAUUUUGCACAGCCGCAGCGAGCUCUACGUGGGCGUGCGCGACCAGGUCAUCAAGAUCCCACUCAAGAGAUGCAGCUACCACAAGAAUCGAGAAGCCUGUGUGGGAGCGAGGGACCCCUAUUGUGGUUGGGAUAUGUUCCUGAAGAAGUGUACCACCCUGGAGGAGAGUGUCCGGAUGAGCCAAUGGGAGCAGAGCAUUUCCAAGUGUCCUGUGCGUAACGUGACGGUGGACGGGGGGUUUGGCGCCUGGUCCAGUUGGGCCAUGUGCAGUCAUAGUGACGGCGGAGGGAACGUGGGGGCGUGUCUGUGCCGGACCCGGGCCUGCGAUAGCCCCGCCCCCCAGUGCGGAGGACAGCAGUGCCAUGGCAUCAGUGUGGAAGUGGCCAACUGCUCCAGAAACGGAGCGUGGACUCCUUGGACAUCGUGGUCGCCUUGUAGCACCAGCUGUGGCAUCGGCUUCCAGGUCCGUCAGCGCUCGUGCAGUAACCCAGCCCCGCGGCACGGAGGACGAGUGUGCGUGGGUCAGAACAGAGAAGAACGAUACUGUAACGAGCACCUGCCCUGCCCUCCUCACGUGUACUGGUCCGCCUGGUCGGCCUGGGAGCGCUGUAACGUCCCCUGUGGAGGAGGCAUCCAGGCCCGGCGCCGGACGUGUGAGAACGGAGACGACUGCCCCGGCUGCGGACAGGAAUACCAGUCGUGCAACACCCUCCCCUGCCCUGAGCUGAAGAAGACCACCCCCUGGACGCCCUGGACUCCUGUCAACAUCUCUGACAACGGUGGCCAUUACGAGCAGCGUUUCAGAUACACCUGUAAAGCCCGCAUCCCUGAUCCCGGGCAGCUGGAGGUGGGCCGGCAGCGGAUCGAGAUGCGUUACUGCUCCAGUGACGGCUCCACGGGCUGCUCCACCGACGGCGAAGUGCUACGUCUGGGCCGGAUCUCUGGACACACGGUGAAUGGCGGCUGGACGGCGUGGAGCUCGUGGUCCCAGUGCAGCAGAGACUGUAGUCGUGGGAUACGCAGCCGCAAAAGGACUUGCACUAAUCCUGAGCCCAAGUACGGAGGACAGAGCUGCACGGGACCGGCACAGGAGUUUCAGGAGUGCAACGUCACGCCUUGUCCAGUGGACGGCAGCUGGUCGUGCUGGUCGUCAUGGUCACGGUGCUCUGUGACGUGUGGUGGCGGUCACUACAUGAGGACCAGGACGUGCAGUAACCCGCCUCCUGCCCACGGAGGGGACAUCUGCCUGGGACUGCACACCGAGGAGGCCCUGUGCAACACGCAGGCCUGUCCAGAGAGUUGGUCCAGCUGGUCCGAUUGGUCGCCGUGUGAUUCCAACGGCGCCCAGGCUCGGGUGCGGCAGUGUGACGUCCUCUUCCCCACAGGGAACCAGUGCGCGGGCAACAGCAGCGAGACCAGGCCCUGCUCCGACUCCAACUUCAUACCAGAAGUCUCAAUUGCACACUCGAGCCAAGAGGAGCGCCGCUGUGGAGAUUUUAACGUCUUUCACAUGAUUGCUGUGGGGCUGAGCAGCUCCAUACUGGGCUGUCUGGUGACGCUGCUGGUGUAUUCCUAUUGUCAACGUUAUCAACAACAAUCCCACGAUGCAACAGUCAUCCACCCCAUCUCCGCAGCCCCCCUCAACACCAGCAUCACCAACCACAUCAACAAGCUGGACAAGUACGACACCGUGGAGGCCAUCAAGGCCUUCAACAAAAACAAUCUGCUCUUGGAAGAAAGAAACAAAUACUUCAACCCACAGCUUGCAGGAAAGACAUAUACCAACGCAUACUUCACCGACCUCAACACCUACGACGACUAUUGA